AUGGCUGGGGUGAAGCGAAAGUCGGAAGACAUGGAUCCAGCACCCAACGGAGGGGCGAGAGCGUCGCCGUAUAUGCCGAUGUUUGAGACCUUCAGAGCCGAACUUGACGAACACCAUGAUCGGCGAGAACGAAUCAACAAGGCGUCGAGGGACGUGACAGGGCUUUCAAAGAAGAUAAUCUUCAAUUUGCAACGCACACGCGAAAUCGGUCAGCCCACGCAUGUCUCAAUAACGAAGGUCAUCGACCCUAUGUACGCUUCUAUCAAAAAGAUUCUUGAGUCCUUCGUGCCCGACCUUGAAGGAAUUAACGCCCACCGCUAUCACUACAACAUUUCGCCCGGCAUCCAGGAGUUCAUGGAAGCCUAUCUGUUCCACGCUUACUUGCAGACACAACGAAUUCCAACACAUCCCGAAGCAGCUGCAGCAUUACCGGAAGGCAUACGACUUACGCAGGAGGACUAUCUGUUGGGCCUCUUCGAUACGACUGGCGAGAUGAUGCGGUGGUGUAUCACGUACAUGGCCACGAACGGGAAGCUGCCUGGCGGCGGACAGGGCGGCAUGGGCGUACUGGCGGACAUGCAGGCCAUCAGAGGCUUUCUGGAGGGUAUGGACGUGAAGGGGAGCAGAGACUUGAAGUCUUUCGACAACAAGUUGACAGUCACCAGGCAGAGCGUGGAGAAGGUGGAGAAUGGUGUGUACAGUAUGUUGGUAAGAGGCAAGGAGAGACCGAAGGGCUGGAGACCGGACGCUGCUGCUGAUGGGAGGAGGGACGGUCCAGAAGAGGUGGAGAGCUACUGA